ACUGAUCUAGGUCAGUGAAGAGAUAUUUUCUUUUAAUGUAGUGAAUCUGGUUUCCUCUACAGGUGGUCACACUUUUGCAUGGAACCAUGCAACAUGAUAAGGUUUUUUUCCCCUAAAAAAAUACAGUAUGAUAAGGUUAAAUCUUAACAUAGCUGCACCACAUCUUGUAGCACUUUGCAAACUACACUCCCUCAUUCUAUCAAAUGGCUAUGUUCCAAUGGCUCAUGGAAAGCUACAAACCAUUCUUCCUCUGUGUAUUCAUUUUCAUAGCUCUAUUGAUGAAACUUUUCAUAAACAAUUCUAGAAAGAGAAGUUCCAAUCUACCUCCUGGUCCUCCAACAAUACCUUUCAUUGGCAAUCUCCACCAGCUUGGCACCAUGCCCCAUAUAUGUUUACAAGGCCUUGCAGAUAAAUAUGGACCCAUAAUUUUCUUACAACUUGGAGAAAUCCCAACAGUGGUUGUUUCAUCAGCUAGACUAGCAAAGGAGGUGUUGAAAACACAUGACCUUGCACUCGCAAGCCGACCGCAACUGUUUUCAGCUAAGUACCUCUUUUACAAUUGUACAGACAUCGCUUUCGCUCCUUACAGUGCUUACUGGAGGCAUGUGAGAAAAAUUUGCAUACUUGAGCUUCUAAGUGCCAAAAGGGUAAACUCAUACAGUGUUGUUAGAGAAGAAGAAGUUGCUAGUUUAGUUGAAAGGGUUGCAGGGUCUUAUCCAGGAGCUAUCAAUUUGUCCAAGAUAUUGGGACUUUAUGCAAAUAAUGUUGUUUGCCGUGUAGCAUUUGGAAGGGACUUUACAGAAGGAGGAGAGAGUAAAAAAUAUGGUUUUCAAAAGAUGCUUGAUGAGUACCAGGAACUCCUUGGAGGAUUCAGCGUUGGUGAUUUUUUUCCUUCUUUCGAUUUCAUACACAGCUUGACAGGUAUGAAAGCAAGACUCCAAGACACUUCAAGAAAAUUUGAUCAACUCAUUGAUCAGAUAGUGAGUGAACACAAGGCUUGCAACAAAAUAAAGGAGCAUAAGGACCUUGUAGAUAUUUUACUUGAGGUACAAGAGAAUGACUCGGGCGAGAUGCCUCUUACCAUUGAUAAUAUCAAGGCAAUAAUCCUGGAUAUGUUUGCUGCUGGAACUGAUACAACAUUUAUUACCCUUGAUUGGGCAGUGACAGAGCUGCUAAUGAAUCCUCAUGUAAUGGAAAAAGCACAAAAGGAAGUGCGUAGCGUCCUGCGAGAAAGAAGAGUUGUUGCAGAGAGUGAUUUGCAUCAACUGCAGUACAUGAAGGCUGUAAUUAAAGAGAUAUUUCGGCUGCACCCUGCAGUACCAGUAUUAGUCCCUAGAGAAUCCAUGGAAGAUAUUAUCUUAGAAGGGUACAAAAUUCCAGCUAAAACAAGAAUUUUUGUCAAUGCUUGGGCAAUUGGUAGGAAUCCGGAAAGUUGGGAGGAUCCGACUGCAUUUAAACCAGAAAGAUUUUUAGAAAGUAAUAUUGAUUAUAAGGGGCAGGAUUUUGAGCUCAUACCUUUUGGAGCAGGCAGAAGAGGUUGUCCGGCUAUUACAUUUGCCAUUGCAGUUGUUGAGCUUGCUCUAGCUCAACUCCUCUAUAGCUUUGAUUGGGAGCUUCCUCCUUGUAUUACAGCAAAAGACUUGGAUCUCACUGAAGUUUUUGGCAUCUCAAUGCACAGGAGAGAAAAUCUUCUUGUUGUUGCGAAGCCGUAUACGUUCUAUGAAGACUCAUGAACAUGAUACAACAGAAAAAUCAUGUGAAUUCUGGAUUUGCUUUUUAUUGAUGCAUAUGUGUAAACUAAUAUCAAGUUUUGAUUUUCUCGUCAAAGAUUAAAACAUCAUAUAAGUUGGAUGACCA